UACGUUCACACACAAGCAAGACUCUACACGAAAAAAAACGCUAAAUUUUCGAAUUUAGACAGUUUUUAUUUGACUGGCCUGUUCGAAUGUUUAAGCUGUAUUUUAGUGUUCCGACUGUGGAGCAAUUUGUCUUGAGUGUUUAAAAGUUAUUUUAUCUGAGCAUUUUUCCAGCCGAGAAAAGUACCUUCUUGCUGUUUUACUGGUGUGUGUGUGUAUACCAUUACCAACAGGAAUAAGAACCUCACGUCACUGUGACGUCAUUUUCAUAAACCAGGAUGCCAGGCUACGGGGACCCGACAACGUACUACAGAAUUUGCUCUGAUGUGCCGUUACAGGCGCCUAUAGGACCCAUCAGUGACCAAGAACUACUUCAAAUAGCCGGCACCCUUUCUACAGACUGGCGCAUGAUGGCGGUAUCACUUGGUCUCCCUGAAUUUCGAAUCGGCAGCAUCGAAAGAGGUUUCCCUCCGAAUGAGCGACUGUUUGCUGCCCUGAGAGACUGGCGGGCGAAGAGUUUGAAGAUGAACGCUCCCCAUGAAACAGCCGUUGAAUUGGCUAACGUUAUGUUUGAACUUGGGCGGGAUGAUAUCGGGAAUCAUUUGAUUAUGAAGUAUCAAUGCGCAUUAGAAUGCGCUUGAGAGAAAACGGACACUCCUUUUCUGGAGAGAGAAACUGAAAUAAUGUUUAAUGGGAGACUUUCUGAGACGAUAGAGGGCAGCAGACUUACCGGGUAAAUCCAUUGUUCUCAGA